CUGGAAGGGAACUAGCUGCUACACUGUUAGCUAACAACACGGCAGAUUCAUAAAGGGCGUCUAGAGGAAAACCUGGGCACUGGGCUAUUAAAUGUGAAGGAAGAGGAUGAGACAGAUGACAUGAAUAGUCAUCAGACUGAAAUACAUUGGUCCCUCCCUGCCGAUAACGCUGAUAUAGUGAACGUUGAGAUAACAGAAGAUCUGUGUGUGAGGCGUCAGCUGGGAGCACCAGAUGUGGAAACCAGUGACAGCAUCAGCCCAGUGUACAGGUCGUAUGGAUCUUACACCUUCAGAUGGCUCAGCGGUUAAGCACGGAGGAGAACCGUAUGUGUGUGAUCACGUGAAGACUGAGGAGGAUGAAGUUCCCAUAAAUACGGCUACAGGUGAUGUUAAGACUGAAGUAACUCUUAAUACUGAACAAACAAAUUAUUUGUUUGUAAAGAGUCAGCGGGAAGCUGUGAAGCAGGAAAUCAGUGACAAUAUCAGUACAGGUGAAUUAACUACCUGCAGUAAUCCUAGUCCUAGUUAUGGUGAAAGUACAGAUACUUCUUUCAAUCUUCAAAAUCCAAGAAGCAAUGUGGGAAAUUUACAUCAGAAAAUACAUACAGGAGAGAAAGCAUAUUCCUGUUCUGAAUGUGGGAAAUAUUUUAAUCAGAAAUCACAUCUUAUUAUGCAUCAGAAAAUUCAUACAGGAGAGAAAGCUGUUUCAUGUUCUGAAUGUGGGAAAUAUUUUACUCAGAAAUCUAGUCUUGUUACACAUCAGAAACUUCAUUCAGGAGAGAAAGCAUUUUCAUGUUCUGAAUGUGGGAAAUGUUUUACCAUGAAUUCAAGUCUUAUUACACAUCAGAAAACACAUACAGGAGAGAGAGAAUUUUCAUGUUCUGAAUGUGGGAAAUGUUUUAUUGAGAAAUCAACUCUUAAUAGACAUCUGAAAAUUCAUACAGGAGAGAAAGCAUUUUCAUGUUCUCAAUGUGGGAAAUGUUUUAUUCUAAAAUCAGAUCUUAUUAGGCAUCAAAAAACGCAUACAGGUGAGAGAGAAUUUUCAUGUUCUGAAUGUGGGAAAUGUUUUACCAGGAAAUCACAUCUUAUUAGACAUCAUAUAAUUCAUACAGGAGAGAAAGCAUUUUCAUGUUCUGAAUGUGGGGAAUGUUUUACCAUGAAAUCACAUCUUAUUAGACAUCAGAUAAUUCAUACAGGAGAGAAGCUAUUUUCAUGUUCUGAAUGUGAGAAAUGUUUUAUUGAGAAAUCAACUCUUAAUAGACAUCAGAAAAUUCAUACACCAGAGAAAGCAUUUUCAUGUUCUGAAUGUAGAAAAUGUUUUAUUCUAAAAUCAGAUCUUACUAGGCAUCAUAAAAUACAUACAGGAGAGAGAGAAUUUUCAUGUUCUGAAUGUGGGAAAUGUUUUAUUCUAAAAUCAGAUCUUGUUAGGCAUCGGAAAACACAUACUGGAGAGAAAGCAUUUUCAUGUUCUGAAUGUGAGAAAUGUUUUAUCAUAAAAUCACAUCUUAUUAAACAUCAGAUAAUCCAUACAGGAGAGAAAGUAUUUUCAUGUUCUGAAUGUGGGAAAUGUUUUACCACAAAAUCCCAUCUUAUUAGACAUCAGGUAAUCCAUACAGGAGAGAAAGCAUUUUCAUGUUCUGAAUGUGGGAAAUGUUUUACCAUGAAAUCAAGUCUUAUUACACAUCAGAAAACACAUACAGGAGAGAGAGAAUUUUCAUGUUCUGAAUGUGGGAAAUGUUUUAUUGACAAAUCAACUCUUAGUAGACAUCAGAAAAUUCAUACAGGAGAGAAAGCUUUUUCAUGUUCUGAAUGUGGGAAAUGUUUUAUCCUAAAAUCAGAUCUUAUUAGGCAUCAGAAAACUCAUACAGGAGAGAAAGCAUUUUCAUGUUUUGAAUGUGGGAAGUGUUUUACCAUGAAAUCACAUCUUACUACACAUCAGAAAAUUCAUACAGGAGAGAAAGCUUUUUCAUGUUCUGAAUGUAGGAAAUGUUUUAUUCUAAAAUCAGAUCUUAUUAGGCAUCUGAAAACUCAUACAGGAGAGAAAGCCUUUUCAUGUUCUGAGUGUGGGAAAUAUUUUAUUGCUAAAUCAACUCUUAAUAGACAUCAGAAAAUUCAUACAGGAGAGAAAGCUUUUUCAUGUUCUGAAUGUGGGAAAUGUUUUAUUGUAAAAUCAGAUCUUAUUAGGCAUCUGAAAAUUCAUACAAGAGAGAAAGCUUUUUCAUGUUCUGAAUAUGGGAAAUAAAAUCAUACAGCAGAGAAAGCAUUUUCAAUUUCUGAAUGUGGGAAAUGUUUUACCAUGAAAUUAAUCAAUACAAUACCUUGAGUUCACUGUAUUUAUGUACAUUUUAGACCAAUCAGCUUAGUACAUACCAUAAGUGAAAGAUUAAUUAUAUAUAUCAACACCAUUUUAAGAUUAUAUAAAUAUGCCUGAUGUAUAGAUAACUUUACCCAUGUGCAGCUCAAAAACAUUGCUUAAAAGUAAUUUUAAAAUAAAGUUUUUUCCUAUCUAGCACUAAA